GUUUCUUUGUGACCCAGUACUUUAUUCCAUGUUUUUGUAUGAUUAGUGAUUUAUAUGUUAGGAAAAUUUCAUUGAUUUUUGACCACUUUGUUUCAUGCAUGAUUGUUAAUGGGGUUUGUCUAUUUGACCUGGUUUCAAUGGGUUUUUUUUUUGUUGGAUUGUUGGGGUAGUGGGGAUUUGAACAUGGCACGUCAAGAAGUGUCAGUUGAGUGACAAGGUUGCCUUGGUCUUGUGGAGAUUUGUUAAAUCAAUGGUUUCAGUGGGUUUCAAUUGGUGUUGGUAUUAUACAGAUUUGUUAAAUUAGUGGCUAUCAUUAAGGUUGGCAUGCGUUACUUGAAGUGUGGUUUGCUGGAUUCACAUUGACUUGCUCUCAUGGAAAAUCAUUGUAUAAAGAAAGUCAUGGAAUGACCAAGAUGAACAAUUCAGACAUCAUAGAUUUAUGUAGUGAUUAUGAAAAGGGAGAAUCAAAUAUCAAUGAUGGUCAAAAGGAGCUGGGUUCAGUUGUAGGGACAUCUUGGAUUACACAGAAUUUUAGAAUAAAAGAGAUUCAGCAUCUGAACAAAAGAGGUUCUAAACGAAAAGAAUCUGAAGAGAGCAGAAGCUUAAAUGCUUUUGGCAUCAAUAAUGGUAAUAAUAUCAUGGUUAGUUCUGCUGUCAAUCAGACAAGUCUUUCAUCUGCGCCGAUUUGCCGGCAAUUCUGGAAAGCUGGGAAAUAUGAAAGAGUGAAGGAGAAGGGUUUGAUAGUCUCAAAUCAAAACUUGAAGAAUCAUUUGCAUGUACACCCUCUUUUUCUCCACUCCAAUGCAACCUCACAUAAGUGGCUAUUUGGUGCCAUUGCGGAGCUAAUUGAUAAUGCAUUUGAUGAGAUACCAAAUGGUGCUACUUUUGUCCUUAUAAACAAAAUCUCAAAUCCACGGGAUUCCAGUCCGGCCUUGCUAAUCCAAGAUGACGGUGGUGGAAUAGACCCAGAAACUAUGAGUCAUUGCAUGAGCUUUGGAUUUUCAGAUAAGAAAUUGAAAUCUACCAUUGGACAAUAUGGAAAUGGCUUCAAGACAAGUUCUAUGAGACUUGGAGCUGAUGUUAUUAUCUUCAGUCGACAAUUAAAAAUGGGGUCAUCAACUCAAAGUGUUGGACUACUUUCUUAUACAUUUUUGACACAAAUGGGCUAUGACAGAAUAGUAGUACCAAUGGUGACUUAUGAGUUCAACUCAUCAUCAGGAACAUUUGGGCCUGUAAUUUCUCGUGGUAAAGAAUAUUUUUCUUCUAAUCUGUCCAUGCUGUUGCAGUGGUCUCCUUAUUCAACCGAAGAGGAGCUGCUGAAGCAAUUUGAUGAUAUAGGGCAUCAUGGAACAAAAAUUGUUGUGUACAAUCUUUGGUUAAAUGAGGAGGGUUAUUUGGAACUGGAUUUUGAUUCCGAUACUGAGGAUAUUCGUAUCAAUGGUGACCCAAAACUAUUUCAGGCAGGUGACCAUGGCAAACCAAUUUGUGACCAGCAUAUAGCUAACCUAUACCGCUAUUCGCUCCAUGCUUACUUGUCCAUCUUGUAUAUGAGACUACCAUCAUGCUUUAGAAUAAUAUUGCGUGGACAAGUUGUUGAGCACCACAGUAUUCUCAGUGAUCUAAAAUUUCCUGAAUUUAUCAUAUACAGGCCACAACUUUGUGGAAGUAAGGAGGUUGAAGUUCUUACCACUAUAGGGUUUUUAAAGGAAGCUCCAGGGGUAAAUAUUCAUGGUUUCAGUAUCUACAAUCGGAACCGCCUUAUACUGCCAUUUUGGCCUGCAGUCAAAUGUACAAAAUACGUUGGGAGAGGGGUUGUAGGUGUUUUGGAAGCUAAUUUUAUUGAGCCUACUCACAAUAAGCAAGAUUUUGAGAAGACUUCCCUCUUUCAAAGGCUUGAAGAUCGUUUAAGGCAAAUGGCGCAUGAGUACUGCAGGCAUUUGCACUGUGAACUGAUUGGUUAUCAACCACGGAAGAAAAUUCACCCUGCAGUAUUGCCUUCUCAGGAGUCACUUUCUACAACUUCUUCUGCAGACGGAUCGUCAGAAGAUCCUGUAGCCACAACGGUGCACGUCUCAGCCACAGCACAGAGAAAAUCUGAUGUGUCAUGCCAAGCCAAGUUCAAACAAGAUUCAAACAUAAAGAGGAAGGGGCGAUAUCUUCCAGUGGAGUUAGAACAUGCAAAAAGGCACACACAAUCUGAGGCAUAUGCAACUGACACCUGGCAUAAUGAGGAAGUUCAGCCUGAAAAUAGCAUUAAGAACCCACCGCAAGUUACCCAGGAGAUGGCCACUCUAAUUCGAGAAAAUGAAAAGCUCCGUUUACGGUUAAUUGAAUCAGAGAAAAGGGAGGAAGAACUUUACCAGAAGGUGCAACAGCUUAGAAGUGAAUUAAAGGGUGUACAGCAUGAAUAUACAAAGAUCUUGGUUGAAUCAAAAUUGAUAGACAUGGUUGAAGGGGCAAAUGUUAAAGGGUUAUUUUACUAGAAAAAAAUUCAUAUUUCUUCAUAACAAGAAUUUUUGUUCAUAUAUAGGUCGGUGGGUAUAAAUUAGGUAGCAAAGAAAGAUCAGACUUAUCAGGUAAAAAGAAAAAAGAAAAGAGAGAUCAAUUUCAUCAAGUU